GGGGCAGACGUGCACCAUCAUAUCAUCGCGGUCACAAAAACGGGAAAAACAGAACAACAAUGUUCCUUUCCUCAACAGCUGUCUGGUGUAAAAUCUGUUAAUGAUACCUGGCAAAUGUUUUAUUCACAAAUGCACAUUUUAGGGUAGCAAAAACACAUCUGUGACAUGUGCAGACAUGCUGCGCUCUUUCACAGUGUCCCUGAUGUUUUCCUGGCGGGUCCAACUGCUCCCCAGCAUGCAUUGCUCGUCCAUCAGGCAGCCUGAGAACACAUCUGCUGUUGAUGCACUUUGCAACCUGUCAGUCAACAUCUCAAAGAUCCGUAAGCUCAAGGGCUGGGUGUUGUACCAAAGCCCAGUUUAUGUGACGGAGACUGUGACAAUGCUGAGAACCUUGGGAGCCAAAGACCCGCUGAUCGCGCAAGUGCUUGAACACCACCCAGAGGCAAUCCUCUGCCCACCUGAACAUUUGGAGAUUCAAAAGGAACUGUGGAUGUCCAUCUGUGCCAGCCACAGUGAUCUAGUUGGGAUCAUUGAAAAGUUCCCAGCCUCAUUUUUUACCACACCAUGCCAUAUUGACCACCAAAAGGCCAACAUUGUGCUCUUCCAGAACCUGGGCCUUAAUAAACAUGUCAUUGCUAAGCUGAUGGCGAGCGCCCCGCAGAACUUCAGAAGACCUGCUGAGCAGAACAAGGAGAUGGUCCAUGCCCUUCAAAAUGCAUACUUGGAUCUAGGAGGAAAUGAGACCAAUAUGAAGGUCUGGGUGCAGAAGCUGCUCAUUCAGAACCCGUACGUGCUCAUGAAGUCUCCAGAAACCAUAGGAAAUAACCUCAAGUUCCUGCAAGAACGGGGCUUCACGAGCAGUGAGCUCCUUCAGCUUCUCUCCAAACUUAAAGGCUUUGUCACAGAGCUUCACCCAGAAUCAAUGGGUUUUACUUUGUGUUACUUGCUGGAAACGCUGUCCUGCAGUGACGCCGACCUUCAACAGGUCAUCCUGCAGUGCCCAGCAUUGCUGUACUACUCUGCACACAUUUUGACAGGCAGAUUCAAAUGCCUACUCAGUGCUGGAAUUAGCCAGCAGCAGAUAAUGCAGACACCCACAGUCCUGGAACUGACCACACAAAUUGUUCAGUAUCGCAUUCAGAAGCUGCAUUCUUAUGGUCAUGAUAUUAAGACAGGGAGCCUGGAGCUCCUCAAUGGCACUAAGAAAGACUUUGAAAUGAGCUGUGGAAAAUUGCUUCUGAGGCAAGAGCGUCCGCUCUUUAACCCAGUAGCACCUCUAAGGACAGACGAGUGAGAUUGCCUGUUGUGAAAAGGUGCUAUGAGCUUCUUUCUAAUCAGUAGAAUCUCAAGGUUAACUCCAUUUAUUAUCCUGCAUCUGCUGCUGAAUAACUGCUAUAUAUGUGUAAUUACAGAGAUUAUGAAUCAAUAAUUAUGAGUCCUUAAAUCUGUGUUUUAAAAAAGUAAUAUACAGAUAUCAAUAAAUGGACCUUUGUGUCAUGGGUAGGUAGAAUCUGA